UACCAUCAUUGAUACUUGAGGCUUCACUAUCUGAUUCUCAGACAUCCUGAGCUUCUCAAUCGCAACAUUGAUGAGACUGGACUGCGCAGAAGAGCAUGGAUUCCCGUCGGAGUGCCUCAAUGGUAUCGUAGUACUUUGUCCGAGUCGUGGUAAGUACGACCGGGCCAGUCUGGUGGCAGGUCGUUGGGUGUAAUUCGUGAUGGCGAGAAAAAAAGUCAACUUGUGUUAUAAAGCUUGGACAUCGUAUCUUUGUCCUCAACCAUUCCGCGGAGUAUGUCUACCCUACAACUCGAUUUGAACCCUACUGUGGGUAGUGUAUUCAUUGGCGCGCUGUUCUCCGCAUUGUUCUACGGCUCGACAUUGGCUCAAGUUGCGUAUUAUUCCUGGAACUAUCUGCGCCGCGACAGACUACUCGUGAAGAUACUCGUUUUUUCAACUUUGGCACUCGACACGGCCAUAACCAUCUCGGACGUCGGCAUUACAUGGUCUUUCGUCGUCCAGGGCCAUGGGCAGCUACUUGCCCUUAUCGUCGUGCCGAAAUUGUAUGCAGUGCAAUAUGCGAUGUUGCGCGCGACUAUAUGCAUCGUGCAAAUCUUCUAUAUUCACGGAAUCUGGCAGCUACUUGAGCAGUUUGGAACAACGUAUAAAAUGCGACUGGCGGUGACUAUCCCUCCCUUGGUCCUAUCUCUACUGGCCCUCGCAUUUGGCUUCGUGGGAGUAUACGAUACUGCUACGCACGGCUGGAUCAUCUCGAAUACUCUUCGCCCGGACGUGGUGCCGAGCGCAGUCAAUAACUGCGCUGCCGCAGGGGCAGACAUAUGUAUAUGUGCUGCCCUCUGGUGGACGUUGCGCAGCAGAAUGACGGGCUUCAAACACACCGACAAUCUCAUCAAGACACUAACAGUCUACAUCGUCAAUCGCGGGAUCCUCACGACCGUGAUACAGAUCGUAAAUCUAGGAAUGUUCUUGUCUUCCAUUGCACCCAGCACGUUGACGUGGUUCAUCUUCAACUGUGCGGGGGUCAAGAUGUAUGUCAACUCAAUGAUGGCCGUCCUGAACGCCCGCCAACACCUGAAGACCGGAAACGGGGUGUCCUACGUAUCCGGCUUCACAGAGGGCACGACUAAGGUCGGUGCCAGGAAGGUCGCGUCCACGAACCCGGAAACUAUUCGCUUGGAUACGUACAGAGGCCAUUCUGCAGAUGAUAGUAUAUCUCGCUAUCCGUAGUCGAGGCUUCCUUGCCUCAACCACGGCUGUGCUUUGAUGCUCUGUAAUUCUAGUUUCCGACUUUGUCCAAAUGAUAGUGAGACUGCCGCCUGCCACUUA